AUGCAAAGUGAAUUUGAGAUGAUUGAUUUAGGAGAAAUGACAUACUUCCUUGGUAUGGAAAUAAAUCAGUCUAAUGAUGGGAUUUUUGUGUGCCAAGAAAGGUAUACAAAUGAAGUUCUUAGGAAGUUUGGCAUAGAGAAUUGCAAACCAAUGGACACUCCAUUGGUUCCCAAUUUGAAGUUAAGCAAGGAUGAUGGUGCAAUGAGAGUGGAUGAGGGGCUGUUUAGAAGCUUAAUUGGAUACUUGCUAUACUUGACAGCUACACGACCUGAUCUCAUGUUUGCCUCCAACUAUCUUUCCAAGUUCAUGAGUAAUCCGAGUGAGUUGCAUUUCAGGGCAGCCAAGAGAGUGUUAAGGUAUGUGAAAGGAAGCAUCGGGCUUGGCAUUUGGUUCAAAAAGUCUGAAAAUCUGAAGUUGCUGGGCUAUACUAACAGUGACUGGGGAGGAUCUUUUGAUGAAAUGAAGAGCACCUUAGGUUAUGUGUUUUACAUAAACUCUGGUGCAAUUUGUUGGCUGUCAAAGAAACAGGAGACUGUGGCUCAGCCACAGUAG